AGACACUUAGGAAUCAACUCGUCAUUUAUUGAUUGUCGGUGGGAAAGUAAAAGCAAGAAGGUUGGAUCUCAUACUGACGAAUACCGUGGCCAAUGAAGUUCAUGUACAUCUUGCAAGCUUGAGAAUCCUGAGUCUAUAAAACGUGAUAAAUUGAAUCAUCUCUCGAAAUCCACCAGAAUCAUUACAGUGCAAUGCCUACAGUCGCUGCUGCCACUGCUGUCGCUGUUACCAUGGAUACAAGCAGUAACGAUGGAGGUGACAACGGUGAAACGCGUGGAGACAGGCAGAGACUUCAUAUUCAUCUCCUGGACGGGGCAGGCAAUACAGGACGGACUAGACCGAGUUGACAUCACUAUCAACUGGCGCAAUGUGAACCCUCAGAGUAUCGCAAGCACUGGUACUGAUGCUGAAAACACUGGUACUGAUGCUAGAAACACUGGUACUGAUGCUAGAAACACUGGUACUGGUGCUGGAAACACUGGUACUGGUGCUGGAAACACUGGUACUGGUGCUGGAAACACUGGUACUGAUGCUGGAAACACUGAUUCUCGGAGUGAUGCGGAUUCUCGGAGCGAUGCUGCUGCUGAUGCCGGCAGCCGAACGUUUAGCAGUGACGACAACGUUCUCUCGUACAACAUAACGCGUCUGCAGAGAGACGCCUGGUACUUCGUCUGCUUCAGUGCCGUACACGUCGUGCUCGGGGGCUCGAGCGAAGCCACGGAGUGUCGCGUCGUACGGACGAGCGACUCCCCUGCCGACCAGCGCGUGUAUACGCACACCACGCGCGGAUACCCCGACCGCAUCGAGGUCGAGGUGCGCAAGAGCGCCGACACGCCCUUCGACAUCGUUCAGGUGGGUGCCUACCUGCCAUCGGUGACCGAUUAUCGGCAGUCGCUGAGCGUGAGUGGUGGAAGGGAUCUGUACACGUUCACGAAUUUGAGCGCCGACGCAAACUACACCGUGUGCGUGUGGGCCGAGUACAGCAUCAGUUCUGUGGCCGGAAGUGACGUCACCGACGAGAAGUGUGACGUAGUGCAGACGCGUCGGGCGCCGGUAAGGCACGCCACCCGGCAGAGGGAGCAACAGGAGGAGCAGCAGUGGUGUCAGUGUGCGUGUAGUGGUGCGCCCCCGGCGACGGCGAGGUGGAACUUUUCGAUUUUGACGACGAUUUUCUGUUGGCUAUCGCUGGCGUACAACUCGAGAGUCAAGUUCAAAUCGUGAAUUGUUUGACUUUUUUUUAACAAAUUUUUCUUUGCGAUUGACACCGUGAUCAUUUCCAUGCUGUAUAUAUUGGAUCGCUUUUUGUACAUCAUACGCAUAUUUGCCUUCGUCGCGUUUUAUGAUUUUCCCUGCUUGGUUGAUGUCAUGAUUACGUGACGCUUGUAAUAAUUGCAUAUAUAGUGAUUGUCAUCAUGCAAUAAAGCUCGGUUUUAUGAA